UGACCCUGUCACCAAGUCCAAAGCCAAACAGAGCGCCGGACAUGAUAUUUGCAGCUCUUGGUGCCUCUUAAUUACUGUCGCUCCCCCACGCUUAUCCCUGCUCUUACCUCUCCUAAUCUUGUUAUCUAUCUUUAUCACCACCGUGCGGCACCAAUCGACAUCCUGGCCAUGUCUUCGGCUUGCUUUUAGUAUAUUUCUUCUUCCAGCAUAGUGGCAUCCGUCUACGAAUAGUACAGUACUCGGCAGGGUAUUAUCCUUGCAGGCACUUUCAAACUCCAGCUCCAACGCCAGGGCUUUGAGCGGGCAAAAUGCUGGACCCAUUUCCUCCGCCGCGCUGGCUCCAGGACUUGACAACACCGUGGGCAGCUUCUCUCCAUUUAUAUUCGCUCCCGUAUCAUAUCCACGAGGUUAUUCUUGCCUUCGCUUUCUACCAACUUAUUCAUUCAUACCUCUCGCCACGACUCUCCCGCGCUUUCUUUCCUCGGCUCUACUCCGAAUUGCCACCGCGUACGCAGCUGAAUUGGGAUAUCCAUGUCGUUUCGUUGGUACAAAGUGUUUUGGUCAAUGCAGUUGCACUAUGGGUUACGUUCGCAGACACCGAGAGGAAAGAAAUGACCGUUUAUGAGCGGAUUCAUGGUUAUACAGGCGCCCUCGGCUUGGUGCAGGCUUUGGCUGCGGGCUAUUUUCUGUACGACAUCAUCGUCAGCAUCGUGCAUAUCAAGUUGUUCGGGCUGGGAAUGGUAUUCCAUGGACUCAGCGCUUUUUGCGUCUAUAUCCUCGGGUUUAGGCCGUUUGUCAAUUUCUAUGCGCCGACAUUCAUUCUUUACGAGCUCUCAAGCCCAUUUCUCAAUAUCCACUGGUUCUUGGACAAACUCAAAAUGACUGGCAGUAAAUUGCAAUGGUACAACGGGAUGACCCUACUCGUGGUUUUCUUUUCCUGUCGUUUGGUCUGGGGCACUUGGCAGUCCUUCGUUGUCUACGCAGAUAUGUGGCACGCUCUGAAGCAUUACCGCUCAUCGUCAACCUCGCCAUUCUUGAAGGGAGUAGAAACCAACGCUCCCAUUUUCGAAGUCAGGGACGGAGCACUGUGCACAAACGAAAGCUGUCUGCAAGCAAAUGCCGAGAUCGCCCGGUUUGCCAACUAUUACAUUGAGGAAGGGCUCCCGCAAUGGCUUCCCAUGGUAUAUGUUGCAGCAAACUUGGUCCUUAAUUUCUUGAACUAUUACUGGUUUUCUCAAAUGAUAGACGCUGUGAUGAAACGUUUCCGGGAACCAGCAGCAAAGGAAGAUAAGAUUAAGCCUCCACAAGGAUCCGACCUGGUUCUGGACGCUGCAGAGAAAUUGAGACAGGAGGAGGGCUAUUGUGAAACCGGUGACGGGGCUGAGCAGGCGCUCUUAUCAACAGGUGUGCAAGCUGCCGAAGGGGAUGCUCUGAACAAACGGAGGUCAUGAAAGGGAAAAGCGGCGUAUCAAUUAAGUACAUUGCAACGGCUUGAACUGCUGGGAUAUACUGGCCCCCGCUAAAUAUGAAAGAAAGGCUGCAUGGUGGCUGGCUUUACCAUUUAUUACAUAGAUCAGAAUCCGUGGCCCUUUACUUGUUGCUGGACUGGAAUCAACGCCUCUAAACAUGAAUUGACGA